AUGCGGGCCCCGGGGCUGUCAAUCCGCUGUGUCAGCGGAAGUUCCGCCCACGUCGGCGGUGACGGACAGCGGCGCCCAGGAAUGCGUGGCCCGGGGCUACCCGUGACCCCCCGUGACCCCCCCAGGACCCCGAACAUCGACCGCCUGGCCCGCGAGGGGGUGAAGCUGACGCAGCACCUGGCGGCCGCGCCCCUGUGCACGCCGAGCCGCGCGGCCUUCCUGACGGGGCGCUACCCCGUGCGCUCGGGCAUGGCGUCGCACAACCGCGUGGGCGUGCUGCUCUUCGCGGCCUCCUCGGGCGGCCUCCCCCCCGGCGAGGUCACCAUCGCGCGGCUGCUGCAGGAGCGCGGCUACGCCACGGGGCUCGUGGGUGAGCGGCGGGGUCGCGGGGGGUCAGGGUCAGGGGGCGGGGUUUGGGGUCAGGGGGCGGGGUUCGAGGUCACGCAGCAGCCGGCCGCCUACGACCGCCUGGCCCAGCGGCUGGCGCGGGAGGCCGUGGGGUUCCUGGAGAGCACGGCGCACUUCGCGGGCGCGGGGUUCGCGCACCGGAGCCGGCACGGGGCCUACGGGGACGCGGCCGAGGAGAUGGACUGGAGCGUGGGCCAGAUCCUGGACGCGCUCGACCGCCUGGGCCUGGCCAACCACACGCUCGUCUACUUCUCGUCCGACCACGGCGCACACGUGGAGGAGGUCACGGCGCGGGGCGAGGUGCACGGCGGCAGCAACGGCAUCUUCCGGGGCGGCAAGGCCAACAACUGGGAGGGCGGCAUCCGCGUGCCGGGCCUCGUGCGCUUCCCCAUGAUGCUCCCCGCGGGGUCGGAGGUCGCCGAGCCCACGAGCAACAUGGACGUCUUCCCCACCGUGGCCGCCCUGGCGGGGGCCGCGCUCCCCGCGGACCGGGUGAUUGACGGGCGCGACCUGAUGCCGCUGCUGCGGGGCCGGACCACGCGGUCGGCGCACGAGUUCCUGUUCCACUACUGCAACGCCUACCUCAACGCCGUGCGCUGGCGGCCGCCCAACGACACGGCGGUGUGGAAGGCCUUCUUCUUCACGCCGCGCUUCGACCCCGCGGGCGCCAACGGCUGCUUCUCCACGCACGUGUGCUUCUGCCACGGCGACCACGUCACGCGCCACGACCCCCCGCUGCUCUUCGACCUCUCGCGCGACCCUGGCGAGCUCCGCCCCCUGACCCCGGGCUCUUCCUCUGGCCCUCGGUCCCGCCCCCAAGCCCCGUCACUCACCGGAAGCCCCGCCCCAGCCAGGCCGCGCCCCGGGGUCGCCUUCGCCGCCGAUGCCUGUGGGGGGGGAGGAAGUGAGUGGGCGGGGCCGGGUCUGUCCAUCACCCGUGGGUCCGCCCCCCGCUCGCACAGAUUUGCAUAAAUUUACAUAAACCAC